ACAUUUUCAGUGACUUCAUUGAACUAGAGGCCUUUAGUCUCAUGCUGCACGAGCCUAUUCUCGCGAGGAUUCCUCACAUAUAUACACACACACACACACGCGCGCGCACACACCAUCAUCAUCAUCAUCACUCCUCCUCCUCCUCUUCUUCUCCCCAGCCCCUCCCUUUCCGUCUCUGCUCGCCUCUAUCCUCUUCAGCCUUGCCUGCCUGUCAGAAAGGUGCUCCAGUGUUGGAGGCUAGGCUACCCUCCUCCCGGACCCCGUACGAGAGCCAGCCGCCGUCCUACCCAAAGGCUCGGGCUCCCCACUCACGGUUCCAACCAUGGCAACCACCGUUACUUCCACCCGGUUUACCGACGAGUACCAGCUGUACGAGGAGCUCGGGAAGGGAGCUUUUUCAGUGGUGCGUAGGUGUGUAAAGAAGUCAUCAGGACAGGAAUAUGCUGCAAAAAUCAUCAACACUAAGAAGCUCUCUGCAAGAGACCACCAGAAGCUCGAGAGAGAGGCUCGUAUCUGCCGUCUGCUGAAGCACCCCAACAUCGGUGAGUUUGUUUGUAACGCGCCUGUGUUGUUGCUCAUGUUCACAGGAUAAGAUUCUGUACUGGAU